AUGGCGCUGCUAUCGGCCCCUCUCACCGCCACCCGUGGCUACGUGCCGUCUGUGGCCCAGCCACUCCCCGCCGCCCGUGCGCGCACCCUCGCCGCAUGCGCGCUCCCCUCUUCCGCGCGUCCCCUCCCCGUGAACCGUGCAACACGUCGCUCGUACGCGUUAACGGCGCGCAUGCAUGGGCGUGGGGGCUGGCUGAGGGGAUGGCGCCGUGCGUCUGCUUCUGAUGACGACAGUGCCAAAGAUACAGCUGAUAUGGCACGCAGUGAGGAUUACACGCCUCAAUCUGACGUGGAUGAUGUUUCUGAUGACGUGGCGGAGGCGUCGGCGGCAGCGGCUGAGCUGGCAGCUGAGAUGGCGGGCGAGGCUGCGGCUCAGGCCGCCAGCGUGUAUGCCGCCACGGCUGCUGCUGCGGGGAUGGAGGAGGAGGAGGACGUGGGGGGUGAGAAGGACAGGAAAGCGGAGGGCGAUAAGGGGGCGGUGUCAGCUGCAGUGUCUGCUGUUGGCGGUGCUGCUUCCAGUGGGAAAAGGGAGGGUCAGAAGCAGGAGCAGCAGCCGCCCAGUCGUCCCCCGCCACGUCAGCCGCAGGCCUCCAGCGCGCCAGCUGUGACGGGCCUGCGGCGCACGGUGUGGGGGCAGGAAGGCGUGGAGCCACAGUACCCCCCGUUACAGGAACAUCUCACGGUAGACGUGGCGGUGGUGGGCGGCGGCAUCAACGGGCUGAGCGUGGCGUACGCUCUCCUGGAUAAGCACCGCAAGGCCAGGGGCGCGGGCGGAGGAGGGAGGGGAGGCAAGGACCUGUCGGUGGUGGUGCUGGAGGCUCGGGCCAUCGGCUCCGGUCAAACCGGUCGCACAACGGCGCAUCUCAUGCCAUGGAACGACGACUACUACAGCGUGCUCGAGCGGCUCUUCGGGCGGCGCUGGGCGGCGCUGGUGGGCAGGAGCCACGUGGCGGCCAUUGAUUGGGUGGAGCGUGUGGUGCAGGAGCAUGGCAUCGAGUGCGAGUUUGAGCGCGUGGACGGGUACCUCUUCCCUCAUGACAACUCCGAUGAGGCCAACCGCAAGAUGCUGGAGGAGCUGGCGGCGUGUGAGCGCAUCGGCCUCACAGACACCUCUCUGGUGGACCUGCAAGGCGACCCCGCCCUCGGCUCGCUCUCCUCUGCCCUGUGCUUCACCAACGCUGCUGACUUCCACCCGCUCAAGUACUUGCAGGGGCUGGCGAAGGCAGUGACAGCAAUGGGAGGGAAGAUCUACGAGAACACGCGGGUGAUCCGCAACUCCUCGCUCUCCACCACUCUCGAGCUCAACACGAGUGUGCGCGUGACAGCUGGCAGCGUCGUAUUGGCCACCAACUCGCCCAUCAACCACAACCUGGCGGUGCACGCGAGGCAGAGCGCCUACCGGACCUAUGUGGUUGGGCUGGCUGUGCCCAAGGGCAGUGUGCGCCGCGCCCAGUGGUGGGACACGGCAUCGCCCUACCACUACGUACGCAUUGCUACCGGCCCGAGCGAGGCGGAGACAGACACGCUCAUAGUGGGGGGCGAGGACCACCCUACGGGUGUACUGGCGCCUAAGGAGUACUCGCAGGCAUAUACACGGCUGGAGAAGUGGGCCAAAGCGAGGUGGACGUGCGCAGGAGACGUGGUCUUCAGGUGGAGUGGGCAGGUGUACGAGCCAGUGGACCUCCUGGGGCUGUACGGCAAGAACCCUCUCGUGAGCCGGCCAUCAAAGGACGUGUACAUUGUGACAGGCAACAGCGGGCAGGGCAUGACGGGCGGCACCAUAUCGGGGCUCGUGGUAUCGGAUCUGAUUCUGUCGGGGCGCAGCGAGUGGGAGGAGCUGUACGACCCGCGCCGCCUGCCUCCGCUCUCCCAGGAGACAGCUCAGAGCAUUGCGAGCAUCACUGCACACACUGCCCAGGGCUACGCAUUCGACUUACCAAUCAUCCCAGGAGAUGAGCGAUCGGUGGACAAGGUGAAACCAGGGGAGGGUGCGCUGGUGGCAGUGGGGCUGCACAAGCAGGCCGUGUACCGCACUGAGGGGGGCGAGCUGAAGCGAUACUCAGACUCUCAACCUUAUCCUUUCCUCCUUCCCCAUGUCCAACUCCCUUCCCACGUCUCCCUCCCUCCCCACAUCCGUAUCCUCUCCCCAGCCAUCUGCCCGCACCUCAAGUGCGCAGUGAGGUGGAACCCCAACGACAAAACUUUCGACUGCCCGUGCCACGGGUCUCAGUUUGACACAUCAGGGAGGGUGAUUCAGGGCCCAGCCAAGGCCAACCUCUCCCCUGUGUCCGGAGAUGGCUGCUGUGGUUGA